AUGGACAGAUUAUAGGAAGCGGAGGCUAUGAAGCAGACUGGAGCAAAAUUAAGAUAUAGGUGACAAGACAGAGGACACACAGUCGGACAUAUUUAUAGAAGGUGAGAAAAUGAUACUGCAAGUGUGCGGCAAAAGGCGGAGAAACCGAUAGGGAGCGAAAAGAGAGGGAGUGGGUUGGGCUUUAGGUAUGGGAGAACAACGGCACAUCAGGGCAGUGGGACAGAGACGGAAUCAGAGAAACGAGAAGAGAGGAGGGAGAGGAGAGUGCCUGCUAAAGUGCCUGUAAGUGUGUUUAUGCGUGAGUGUGUGCAUGUAUCAGUAUGAAAUCAGAGUGAGAUGCUGGGAGAGGAUGAGGAGUAACAGGGUGAGGCAGCUGCAAGAGGCGCUAAGUGUGUUUGUGUGUGAGGGUUAGUGUGUGAGGGAUGCAGUCAUGUCUCUGUGAGAGGGAGCAGCACAGCAACGGUAACCAUGCUGAGCCCCAAGAUAAAACAGGCACGCCGGGCACGAUCCAAGAGCAUGGUGCUUGGAGAGUUGUCUCGACUCUCCAGGCCUUGCUCUCCUCAGGAUCAAGAGAAACCCUUGAAGGCAGGCUGGCUGAAGAGGCAGAGAAGUAUCAUGAAAAACUGGCAGCUGCGAUGGUUUGUCCUGAGGUCUGAAGCUCUGUACUUCUACAAAGACCAAGAGGAAAGCAAGGCACAGGGCUGCAUUCCUCUUCAGGGCAGUCAGGUCAAUGAGGUCUCAGCCCAUCAAGAUGAGCCAGGUCGCCAUCUUUUUGAAAUUGUUCCAGGGGGAACAGGAGAAAAGGAUCGUAGCAACACAGGCCAUGAAUCGUUCCUCCUAAUGGCCAACUCACAGAGUGACAUGGAAGAAUGGGUCAGAGCCAUACGCAGAGCCAUCUGGGCUCCACUUGGUGGAGGUGUUUUCGGUCAGCAUCUACAGGCGACGAUGUCAUAUGAGUCACAGUGUGGCCCUCAGCGAGAGGUCCCCGUGCUAGUCGAACUGUGUGCGAGCUUUAUACGUGAACAAGGACUCAAGGAGGAGGGUCUCUUCAGAGCACCCGGGCAGACCAAUCAUGUUCGAGAACUGCAGGAUGUUUUUGACCGUGGCGAAAUCCCUGUUUUCGACAGUUCCACAGACGUCCACACAGUGGCAUCACUGUUAAAGCUGUACAUACGAGAGCUGCCAGAGCCUAUAAUCCCAUUCUCCAAAUACUCACAGUUUCUAUCCUGUGCUCAGCUUCUUAGCAAGGACAAAGAAACGGCCAUCACAGAACUAAGCAAACAGGUGAAAUCCCUCCCUCAGGUCAACUACAACCUCUUGAAAUACAUCUGCAAGUUUUUGGAUGAGGUUCAGUUGCAGUCCAAUGACAAUAAGAUGAGUGUUCAGAACCUGGCUACCGUUUUUGGACCUAAUAUUCUUCGGCCAAGAGUGGAGGAUCCUGUUACAAUGAUGGAAGGAAGUUCCCAAGUGCAACAUUUGAUGACUAUCCUGAUCAGUGAACACUCUCGACUAUACCCAAAUGAGGAUUCCAAAACUGAGGUUAAAUCUCUCCCACCCCAACAUGAGCUCAAACGAUCCAAAGUAGAAUGGGUUUCACAAGAAGAAACGAACCCACCAAAUACUACAAGUGUAAACUCUACAAAUCUCAAAGAAAACCACAUACCUUCCAGUGUUUUGAUGGACAGUGAGCUGCCUACAUCUAAUCCUCUUGCAUGUGAGAAGGAUGAGAACAGCCAGACUAAGGGCAAUGAUGUAAACAAACUGAAUGAAAAAGCAGAUGAAAAAGAAAAUAUCAAAACUGAAGGGGAAAGCGAAGUUGCUGUUAGCCCUAGCAAACAGGCCAAAGCUCUACCUUCAUGGAGGUGCUCCUUCAAGGGCAAUGUAGUCUCUGGAGGGUCAAAGGGGAAAAUGGGAGGCUCAGCAGGGGACGUGUCGGCAUCUGGUGGGAGCAACUGGCUGAUGAAUGGCCUGUCGUCCCUCCGAGCACAUAGACGCACGACCUCGUCCGGUGAAAGAGUGAAAGACUCUACAUUGUCUCUGAAGGAUUCAACCCAGUCUCUUAAAGAAACCACUCUACAGCUCAAGGACACACAAAGAGACUAUGACCUAGAAUCCCCUCAAACAUCCCACUCUCACAGAGUCCUCCACAAAUCUCACAGACUCUCUGCCUAUGACAAUGUAGCUCCUUCCAGCCUGAGCCUGCCUGCUGACACUUCGUCUAUCUGGACACCCUUUGAAAUCUCGCUGUCGGACACAGAAGGAAGCAAUAAGUCAACAAAGCUAGAACAAGAUGAAGAGAGAAACACUGAGGUGGGAAACAGAACAAAUGAUGAGGAAGGUGCAGGAAUAAUUGAAGAAAUCCCAAACAAGCUGACCCAACUAAAGCAGGAGCUGAAAAAACAGAAAGUGAACUAUGAAACUCGCAUUCGCAAGCUGGAGGAGUCCUGUUCGAAAUACCAGUGCCAGGUAAGCCGCCUUGAAGAGGACCUGGACCAGGAGAGGAAGAAGUGUCACUUGUUGGAGAUCCGACUCAGGAAUUCAGAGCGGGCACAUCAGGAUGCAGAAAACCGAAAUGUUCUCCUCCAGCGAGAAAUGGAGGAAUUCUUUAAGACUUUUGGAGAACUAACAACAGGAGCAGCAAGGACCAACUAGACCUGACCAAACUGCCUUUAUUUGGUCCUGGAGGCACUCAGUCACUAGGAGGACCAACCAGUCCCAAAGCUUUUUAGAAAACAUACCUCUAGUGCAAUGCUGAUAGCCAUAUUUUCCACUUCAGUGUGGCUGUCCUGUGCCUAUGCGAACCAGUACUGGUGCCAAACAAGAACUUCCCUGGACCAAGAACGUAUUUUGUCAUUCCAUAAAAUAUAUCUCAAGAAUACAGUCUAAAUUUCUGCCUGAAUGACGAGGAAUCCUAAAGUACUGCAGCAUUACCACCCAUAUAAUUUUAAGUCCCGUUUCUUCUUGACUUCAAAUGAAAGAAAAAUGUAAGACUUUAACAAUAACUGUCUUAGUUGGGUGAUUUCAGAUUUAAAAGUCAAAAGCCACUCAGCUAACCUUUCAAAAAAAUCACACCGCUUGAUGAUGGCUUUGUUGACAAUGUUUGUCCAACUCUAAGGAGACUGCUACAUCAUCCAAGAGGUUCUAGAUAGCUUUUUGUUUUCUUCAAAUUGUACCUGCACUAAUGCUAAGAGAAGUUGUGAAAGACUGUUUUGGCAGCAUUACUUUUUAAACAAUAUCCUAGUGCAUCACAAUAAAUUAGAACAUCACCAAAAGGGUAAUUCUAAUAAAAACUUUUAACUCGUUAAACACAGAGAAAUAUGCAGUAUUUCAAGUGUUCAUUUCUGAUAUAUUUGAUAAUGGUUUAUAGCUGUCGCAAACCCAAAGUUCACGUUCUCAAAAAAUUUUAUAUUACAUAUGAUAAUAAGAAGAAUGUUAAGUAGAAAAUUUUCUGCAUACUGAAACUGUCUGUUAUUAUACAAUAUGUGGACUCAGUACACGGCUUGUGUUCCUUGUGCAUGAAUACUACCUUCUAAGGCUGUGUUUUGGUUCUUCAUCUUUUUUCUACUGAACUAUUUCUUCCACUCAACUUUCCGGAAUGAAAGGCUGUCAUCAGUAAGACAAAAUGACAAGUUCUCCAUAAAAAUCUUUUUAAAAAUGUGUCCAAAAUAAUUAUUUAAUUUUACAGGAAAUUUGGGUAUUAAAAGCUAUAAGCAGUUCAAAAUGAACAGAAAUGAAUUCUUGAAAUAUAUGACUUUGCCUGUUCACAUUGGAUUCACAUUUUAAAAUCAGUUACUGAAAUAAAUAAACUUUUCAAAGUCAAUUAAUUUAUUGAGAUGCACCCAAAUGUGAGUAAAAUCUUACUGAAUGUAGUGCUGGACUUGUAAUGAAAGAACAAAUGACUCAGGACAACUGUCAUAAUCUAUAAAGUGCAUUUAGGGAGAUGGUACUAAAGGAUUAAUAGCUGGAGCCAUUGAGAAUUUGAGCCAUGAAACGUAUCCGGAGCUCACCAUGGCAGAGAUAGGAAAAUAACCACUGUUUGAUGCUCAGAAAACGCGUCUUCAGUCAAAUGCAGACAGACCUCUGGCUACACCAAUUCAAAAACUAUAUUACUUAAAACAGAAACAAAAUGGAUAUGAAUAUCCCCAAAUCUUAUGUAUAUUAUGUACUAGAUGUCUUCUAGCUUGAAAUAAAUAAUGUGAAACAAAAUAAAACCUUCUUAGCUUUUAUUUUCAGUCGAUAUCUGCCAUUAUAUUGUGUAUUUUAAAAUUAAAGAAAGUGUCUGAGUGGUUGAUGGUAUGAAGGUGGAGUCAUGGAACUGAGGAGAAUCUGAGAAUCACUGAACCGAGUACGGACACUUUAUACGGAAAAAGGUGGAGUGACUUAUUUGGACUGAGUCUCUGGUUUCUUAAAUUAUAGUACCCUACUCUAGUCAUUGAAGACAUGACAGAUUUGGACAAAUUUAUUGGUAACCCUGGUAACGACAUGCAGAUGAGAUAGAAGUAGCCACCAAUUAAAUUAGUCUCAUAGCUGCACAAUCUUACAUUGAAAAUUUGAGAAAAAAAAA